CGGUCGCGUCUAUACACCGGACAGCAGGGGCCGCAAUGCUUUAUUAGCCCAAGGACUGUGGUGCUCCUUGGGCUUCUGACUGUCUGCAUAUCCCCUCACCUUUCUGAAGGAUCCCCAGAGCCAUUUAGGUCCUUCUUGCCUUCUGACUGGGGUCUAACGCAUUUAGCCAUCCAUAACAAGACGGGGGAUGUGUAUGUUGGCGCGGUAAACUGGAUCUACAAGCUUUCUAGCAACUUGACCAAGUUGAGGAGUCAUAUGACGGGUCCUGUAGUGGACAACGAGAAAUGCUAUCCACCUCCAGGUGUACAGUUAUGCCCCCAUGACCUUGCCCCAAAUAGUAAUGUGAACAAGCUGCUGCUAAUAGACUAUGCUCAAAACCGACUCAUUGCUUGUGGAAGCACCUCGCAAGGCAUCUGUCAGUUUCUGCGCCUGGAUGACCUUUUCAAGCUUGGCGAGCCACACCACCGUAAGGAACACUACCUCUCCAGCGUCGGUGAGUCGGGAACCAUGUCUGGGGUCAUCAUCUCUGAGGGUCAUAUCAGUAAGCUUUUCAUUGGAACUCCCAUUGAUGGAAAAUCAGAGUACUUCCCAACUCUUUCGAGCCGUAAGUUGAUGGCCAAUGAGGAGGAUGCUGACAUGUUCAGCUUUGUCCACCAGGAUGAGUUUGUCUCCUCCCAGCUGAAGAUCCCCUCAGAUACACUGUCCAAAUUCCCGACGUUCGACAUCUACUACAUAUACAGCUUUAGCAGUGAACAGUUUGUCUACUACUUGACCUUGCAACUGGAUACCCAACUUACUUCUCCUGAUGCCAGUGGGGAACAGUUUUUCACCUCGAAGAUCGUCCGACUUUGUAUCGAUGAUCCCAGGUUCUACUCCUAUGUAGAGUUCCCAAUCGGAUGCACCAAAGAUGGCGUAGAGUAUCGACUGAUCCAGGAUGCCUACUUGGCCAAACCCGGAAGGCAUCUUGCAAACUCCUUGGGAGUGUCUGAGCAAGAGGACAUAUUGUUUACAGUCUUCUCCCAAGGUCAGAAGAACCGGGCCAAACCCCCAAAAGAGUCGGCGCUCUGCCUGUUCACGCUGACGAGAAUAAAGGAGAAGAUCAAGGAAAGGAUUCAGUCGUGCUAUAGAGGAGAGGGCAGGCUGUCUUUGCCCUGGCUGCUCAACAAGGAGCUACCGUGCAUCAACUCGCCUCUCCAGAUCGACGAUAACUUCUGUGGGCAGGAUUUUAACCAGCCUCUAGGGGGCACCAGCACUAUCGAGGGCAUUCCUCUCUUCAUAGACAAAGAUGACGGAAUGACUUCGGUAGCUGCUUACGAUUACCGCGGAAACACGGUGGUUUUCGCAGGAACACGCAACGGCCGAAUGAAGAAGAUUCUGAUUAAUUCGGUGAGCCCGUCCCGGCCGGUGCUGCUGUACGAGAGCGUCCCGGUGAGCGAGGGCAGUCCGGUGCUGCGGGACACACUGUUCAGCCCAGACCUGCAGUUCAUCUACACACUCACCGACAGACAGGUGACGCGUGUGCCGGUGGAGCGCUGCUCUCAGUACAGCAGCUGCUCUGAAUGUCUGAGCUCCAGAGACCCUCACUGCGGCUGGUGUGUCCUUCACAACAUUUGUUCUCGCCGUGAUCGCUGUGAGAGAGCCGACGAGCCUGUGUGUACACGCAGCAAUAUUGAGCAGCAGAUGUCGUGUAGAGUGUAUUUUAAAAACAAGCAGAUGAAUUAUGGGGACGUGGGCCAAGCUUUUUCACUUUGUCUGUUUUCUCCAUCGGUCUGCCAGCUGGUCCUGCAGGCCCUCAACGUCCCGGAUCUUUCCGCAGGGGUGGACUGUUCCUUCGAGGAUUACACCGAGACCGAAGGAACAAUACACGGAUCGCAGAUCUACUGCCUCUCGCCGUCAGCCAAAGAGCUCGUCCCCAUCACACACCAGCAGAGAGACACUCAUGUGGUGAAGCUGUAUCUGAAAUCGAGGGAAACGGGGCAGAAAUUUGCUAGUGUGGAUUUCACCUUCUACAACUGCAGCAUCCACAGAUCGUGCUUGUCCUGUGUGAACGGCUCGUUCCCGUGUCACUGGUGUAAAUACAGACACUUGUGCACACAGAACGCCAACGACUGCUCCUUCCAGGAGGGACGCGUGAACAUGUCAGAGGACUGUCCUCAGAUUCUGCCGUCGACUCAGAUCUUCAUCCCCGUCGGCGUCCCGAAGCCCAUCACGCUGUCGGCACACAACCUUCCACAGCCUCAGUCCGGCCAGAGGAACUACGAGUGCAUCUUCCACAUCCAGGGCGAGACGCAGAGCGUGACGGCGCUGCGCUUCAACAGCUCCAGCAUCCAGUGCCAGAAAAGCACCUAUAACUAUGAAGGAAGUGACAUCAGCGAUCUUCCCGUUGAUCUGUCUGUGGUGUGGAACGGAAACUUCAUCAUUGACAACCCUCACAACAUCCAAGCGCACCUGUAUAAGUGUUACGCGUUGCGGGAGAGCUGUGGUUUGUGUCUGAAGGCCAACCCCAGCUUCGAGUGCGGCUGGUGUGUUCAGGACAAGAAGUGCUCUCUGCGGCAGGAAUGCGCUCCGCAGGAACACACCUGGAUGCACGCGAGCGCCGGAAACAGCCGCUGCACGCACCCGCGCAUCACCAGGUUGUUUCCUGAGACCGGCCCGCGGCAGGGAGGAACCAGACUGACCAUCAGCGGAGAGAAUCUGGGCCUUCAGUUCAAAGACAUCCAGAACGGAGUGCGGAUCGGGAAAGUGGCCUGCCAGCCCAUCGAGGAGGAAUACAUCAGCGCUGAGCAGAUCGUGUGUCGGCUGGCCGAUGCCACAGGUUACCGUGUGCAGGACGCUCAGGUGGAGGUGUGUGUGCGCGACUGUCUGCCGGAGUACAGGGCCGUGUCUCCCAAAGCCUUCACGUUUGUGUCGCCGUACUUCACUCGCGUGCAGCCGUCAUACGGGCCCAUUUCCGGAGGAACGAGGAUCACUAUUCACGGCAGUCAUCUGAACUCGGGCAGCGCCGUCUCCAUCAAGAUCGGACUCAACACCUGCCGCUUCGAGAGGCGAAGCGCCCGUGAGAUCGUGUGUGUGACUCCAGAGGGUUUGGGUUCAGGAGGGACCCCAGUGAUGGUGGACAUAAACGCAGCCGAGCUCAGAAACCCGGAGGUCAAGUUCAACUACACAGACGACCCCAGCAUCCUGAAGAUAGAGCCGGACUGGAGCAUCGCCAGUGGUGGAACCCCGUUAACGGUGAUUGGAAGCAACCUCGCCAGCGUCAGAGAGCCGAAGAUGAGAGCCAAAUACAGCAGCGUCACUUCAGUCAACAACUGCACUGUGCUGAAUAACACCGUGAUGGUGUGUCUGGUGCCGUCUGUGGCGGGGUCCGAGAGGGGUUUCUCAGAGGCGGGCAGCGGGCCGGAUGAGAUCGGCUUCAUCAUGGAUAACGUUCAGACGCUGCUGGUGGUGAACGAGACCUUCAGUUUCUAUCCCGACCCUGUGUUUGAACCCUUCGGUCCGUCCAUGCUGGAGCUCAAACCGGGAUCUCCUCUCAUACUGAAGGGCAAGAAUCUGAUUCCUUCGGCUGCUGGUAACUCCAGGUUAAACUACACCGUUCUGAUCGGUGACAAGCCGUGUGUGUUAACCGUGUCCGAGGCUCAGCUGAUGUGUGAAUCUCCAGACCUCUCCGGACAACAUAAAGUCACUAUCUUGGCCGGAGGUUUUCGCUAUUCUCCAGCAACUCGGCAGAUCUACUCGGACAGCCUGCUGACGCUCCCCGCCAUCAUCGGGAUCGGUGGAGGAGGAGGUCUUCUUCUGCUCGUCAUCAUCCUCAUCCUCAUCGCAUACAAGCGUAAAUCCCGUGACGCAGACCGGACGCUCAAACGGCUGCAGCUGCAGAUGCACAAUCUGGAGUCCAGAGUCGCUCUGGAGUGCAAAGAGGCGUUUGCGGAGCUGCAGACUGAUAUCCAUGAGCUGACGCAGGAUCUGGAUGGAGCUGGAAUCCCGUUCCUGGAUUACCGCACUUACGCCAUGAGAGUGCUUUUCCCAGGAAUAGAGGACCAUCCGGUGCUGAAGGAGAUGGAGGUGAAAGCUGGACACCUGUCAGAUUUAAUGCAUUCGGCUGAACUGACUGAAUCUGUGGCUGAGAAGAUGCUAACAAACUGGUUUACUUUCCUCCUCUACAAGUUUCUCAAGGAGUGUGCAGGUGAGCCUCUCUUCAUGCUGUAUUGUGCUAUAAAGCAGCAGAUGGAAAAAGGGCCGAUAGAUGCCAUCACCGGAGAGGCCAGAUACUCGCUCAGCGAGGACAAACUCAUCCGACAACAGAUCGACUACAAAACACUGACGCUACACUGCAUUAACCCAGAGAAUGAGAACGCAGCCGAGGUCACUGUUAAGUGCCUGAACUGCGACACUAUCACACAAGUCAAAGAGAAGCUGCUGGACGCCGUCUUUAAAGGCACUCCUUACUCACAGCGGCCCAAAGUGGGAGACAUGGACCUCGAGUGGCGUCAGGGUCGCAUGGCUCGUAUCAUUCUCCAGGACGAGGACGUCACCACUAAGAUCGACAGCGACUGGAAGCGUCUCAACUCACUGGCGCACUAUCAGGUAACAGACGGGUCAGCGAUCGCAUUGGUUCCCAAGCAGAACUCCGCCUACAACAUCUCCAACUCCUCGACGUUCACCAAAUCCCUCAGCAGAUACGAGAGCAUGCUGAGAACAGCCAGCAGUCCAGACAGCCUUCGCUCGCGGACGCCCAUGAUCACGCCAGACCUGGAGAGCGGCACCAAACUCUGGCACCUGGUGAAGAACCACGACCAUCCGGACCAGCGGGAGGGCGACCGCGGCAGCAAGAUGGUCUCCGAGAUCUACCUGACGCGUCUGCUGGCUACCAAGGGGACACUGCAGAAGUUUGUAGACGACCUGUUUGAGACCAUCUUCAGUACGGCCCACCGGGGCAGCGCGCUUCCUCUGGCCAUCAAAUACAUGUUUGACUUCUUAGACGAGCAGGCCGACAGACACAUGAUAUCAGACCCCGACGUCAGACACACGUGGAAGAGCAACUGCUUGCCGUUGAGGUUCUGGGUGAACGUGAUCAAGAACCCUCAGUUUGUGUUCGACAUUCAUAAGAACAGCAUUACAGACGCGUGUCUGUCCGUCGUGGCUCAGACCUUCAUGGACUCCUGCUCCACGUCAGAACACAAGCUGGGCAAAGACUCGCCCUCCAACAAGCUGCUCUACGCUAAAGACAUCCCCAACUACAAGAACUGGGUGGAGAGGUAUUACUCUGAUAUCUCGCGGAUGCCUGCGAUCAGUGAUCAGGAUAUGAGCGCGUAUCUGGCCGAACAGUCGCGUCUGCAUUUAAAUCAGUUCAACAGUAUGAGCGCGCUGCAUGAAAUCUUCUCCUACAUCACCAAAUACAAGGACGAGAUCCUGUCGGCACUGGAGAGGGAUGAACAGUCGCGCCGCCAGAGACUGAGGGUUAAACUGGAGCAGGUGAUCGACACGAUGGCUCUGUCCAGCUGAUCCGGACUGGAAACCUCCGUGUGUGUUUAUACACCAGGACAACGCCACAACGCUGAAUGUAGGUGGUGUAGAUUUUGCGUUGUUGGACAAAGACGCUCUUUCCUGUUUUGAAGAGACAAUGAGGACGUUUGGGACCUCUGAUGAAGUCAUGUGAGCGUGUCACGAGCCAGCGAUCGCGACGGAUCAAAGGACACGUGUGUGCGUGUUUACUAUGUUUUAUUAUUUUGUACAAAUGUUCUCGACUCUCCGCUCUCUUUGCCACUUGUGUUUCUGCUGAAUUUGCACAGUUUACAGAAUCAACGAGCAACUGGCUCCAUCUCAUGAACACGACGUCUCGUUUCGGGUCAGGAAACGCAACGACACAUCUAUUUUAACCUUUACGUACAGUAGUGUUGACGAAGGUGAAUUUGACAUUACACAAAUGACAAAAAGAAGGAAAAAAUAACAAAAAAUAUGAAUAAAAAUCUUGUCCUGUG